AUGGCUGUCCUUAGGGGUCGCACGGGAAACCCUGAUGCGCCUCAACAGCACACGCAACCCUCGAGAAAGGGCAAGAAGGCAUGGAGGAAGAACGUCGACGUGACCGAGGUGAAGAAGGGUCUCGAGGAUCUGAACGACGAGAUCAUCCAAGGUGGUGUUAUCGCAGAGAAGGACUCGGCCGACCUCUUCGUCCUCGACACCGGCGGUGAUGCCAACAACACCAAGAGGGUUCCCAAGGUCAAGGGCCUCAAGGCCGACGAGAUCAUCGCCGCGCGGUCCGCAGUCCCGGCCGUACCCAGCAAGAAGAGACCUGCCGAUAAGACCACCGAUGGAAUAUUACCUGUCAAGCGCCAGCGCACAAACUACGUCACUCACAAGGAGCUGACCCGCAUCAAGAAGGUGGCCGAUGGGCACCACGAAUCGGCAGUAGACGUGGUAGACGCCGCCUACGACCCUUGGGCCAUGGACACGGCCGCUGCCGCGGGCCCUGCUGCCAAGCAGGAGAAGAACGAGUGGAUUCCAGAACCGACAAGGGCCAAGCCCCCCUCGACGCUGGCGAAGAAGCCCAUAUCACUCUCCGCGAGCGGCAAGAACGUGCCCGCCGUGGCCAAGCCGACCGGCGGGUUCAGCUACAACCCCGUCGUCACGGACUACGUCGAACGGCUAGAGCGUGAAGGCGAGAAGGCUGUCGAGGCCGAGCGCAAGCGUCUGGAUGAGAUCGAGGCAGACCGCCGGCGACAGGAAGCCGCAGCCCGGUCCGCAGCCGAGGCCGAGGCGGCGGAGGCGCGCGCAGAGCUCUCAGAGUGGGAUGAAGACUCUGCCUGGGAGGGCAUUGAGAGCGACGCCGAGGGUGUGAUCACGAAGCGUCCAAAGCGCAAGACCCCAGCCCAGCGCAAUAAGGCCAAGAGAAGAAAGCUGGAAGAAGGGCUCAGGAAGCACCAGGCGGCGGCGAAGAGGAAGGAGGAGCAGGCCAAGCACAUAAAGGAGAUCGCCGAGGCUGUCGAGGAGAAGCAGCGGCAGCUGGCCCUGUCCAAGAUCGAGAUGAGCGAGGACGAAAGCGAGGGCGAUGACAUCGAGCUCCGGAGGAGACAGCUGGGCAAGCUGAAGCUGCCCGAGAAGGACCUCGAGCUGGUGCUUCCGGACGAGCUGCAGGAUUCGCUCAGACUGCUGAAACCCGAGGGCAACCUGCUCAAGGAUCGGUACCGGAGCCUGUUAGUCAGAGGGCGUCUGGAGGCGAGGAGAAAGAUUCCGUACCGGAAGCAGGCCAAAGUCAAGUUUACCGAGAAGUGGGGACACAAGGAUUUCGACAUCUCCAGGCUUUAG